UUGGAGAGAGCAGCUAAUGGAAAUAAUACGAUUAGGGAGCACACACACUGAGUCGAGAAUAGUAAUAAAAAGAAAGCUGAUUGUCUGUGUUUUGAACAGUUCAGUUUGAGACUCGGAGCAGGGCAAGUCAUGAAGGAUAACAUAAUUUUGAUCACUCUGCUCUGCGUCGGCACAGCAUCUGCUUUCACACUCCCGCUGUUAGUGGAACUCCCACAUGGAAAAUUACGUGGUCGCGAUAAUGAAGGGUACUACAGCUACGAAUCGAUACCCUACGCAGAGCCACCUUUGGGAGACCUUCGCUUUGAGGCACCACAGAAAUAUGAUCGCCAAUGGAAUGAAAUCUUUGAUGCCACUAUGCCACCUGUGCGUUGCAUGCAGUGGACUCAGUUUAUCCACCAGGAAGAUAAGCUAACAGGCAGUGAGGAUUGUCUGACAGUCAGCAUCUAUAAGCCGAAGAACUCCAGUCGCACCACAUUUCCUGUUUUGGCCUAUGUACACGGUGGUUGCUUCAUGUUUGGUGGUCAAAUUGAAGACGGGCAUGAGCCAAUCAUGGCAGAGGGAAAUUUAAUUGUAGUGAAGAUCGGCUACCGCUUAGGCCCAUUGGGUUUCCUAAGCACUGGAGACUCCCAGAUUCCGGGCAACAAUGGAUUAAAAGAUCAGCGACUGGCUUUGCAAUGGAUAAAGGAAAACAUUGCCUCCUUCGGUGGGGAGCCUGAAAAUAUAAUGGUAUUUGGUUACUCUGCAGGAGCUGCCGCUGUCCACCUUCAAAUGCUGCAAGAAGACUUUGAGGACUUGGCCAAAGUGGCAGUCACCAUUAGUGGAAAUGCACUGAAUCCUUGGGUUGUUCAAGAAGGUGGACGUCGUCGUGCAUUUGAGAUGGGUCGCAUUGUAGGCUGCGGCUUACUAAGCACUUCCUUGGAUCUAAAAAAUUGCCUCAAAUCAAAAGAUGCUGAACAAAUAGUCACAGCUGUGCGUCAAUUUUUGGUCUUUGGAUAUGUGCCUUUUACUCCAUUUGGGCCAGUGGUUGAGCCCGAAGAUGCCACUAAUCCCAUCAUUACCCAACAUCCCAUUGAAAUCAUCAAAAGUGGAAAAUUUGCACAAGUGCCUUGGUUGAUUUCAAACGCACAGGAGGAUGGAAUUUACAACGCAGCUUCUCUGCUUGCAAGGCAGCCCAAUGGUAAGGAGUUGAUCGAGGAGCUAAACAGCCGUUGGUUUGAGUUGGCACCCCAUUUGUUCUUCUAUCGGGACUCGAUGAAGACAAUUGAGGAAAUGGAUGAGAGAUCUCGUGAACUUCGACAAGAGUAUUUGGGCAAUCAGAGUUUCAGUGUGGAUAACUAUAUCGAUGUGGAGCGCAUAUUUACGGAUAUAUUAUUUGUAAAUGGCACAAAACGAUCAAUAGAUCUGCAUCGCAGAAUUGGAAAGAGUCCAGUGUACGGUUACGUGUAUGACAAUCCAACAGAUCUGGGAAAUUUUUUCUGGUUAGCAAAGCGGAACGAUAUUCAAUCUGGCACAGGACAUGGCGAUGAUUUUUAUCAUAUCUUUGAAAAUGAACUUACUAAACCAUGGCGUCCCGAUGAAAUGUUAAUUUCAAAGAAUUUGAUAAAGAUGCUUGAACAAUUUAUUCAAAGCGACAAUGGGAGCCUUCGUUAUGACAAUUGUGAGUUUCCAGAUAAUGUUGGAAAGGAAAAAAUCCAGCUUCUCUCCAUCAAACGCAGCAGUUGUGGAAUAAUUGAAUUAUCUUAAAUAUUUUGAUUAUAUAAUGUAAUAACAAAAACCACUUUGUAUUAAAAUUUGUCUUCGAUUUAUAUGCUGAUAAACUGGUUUUGAACUUGUUAGCAUUGUAAUUAACGUCUGAUGUCUGAGGCCUAAUUUAUGUAGUUUUUUGGUUAUUGAACCAGAUGGAAAUUAAAUAAAAUAAUUUCGGAUUCGAUUGUUGUCUGAAAGUA